UGAAGGCAGAUGCCUGGGAUACACAGAGAAAGGUUUGGUUUGUAGAUCCUGAGGAAUCAGAUACCCUGCAGGUAUUGGUACUCCAUUAACAUACUCAAUAUUUGACUGUUCAUAAGGAACAUCAUGAAGGAUAACUAGCAACAACAGCACCUGCUCUGAGGUAGCACCCAGUGCCUACCAAAGUGCUGCCUUUUGCCACCAUCUGUAGAGGUAAUAAAUCAGUCAAGGGAUGUCAAAGUUCAGUUUCCAGGAGGAAAUAAUGAUUUUAUUCACAAGUGGAGUGUGUCUUCCUUAAUAAGGGACACUUAGCUGCAUGGGAUCUCAUCUCUAUACUCUGUUGCUCCCUUCCAUGUGCUGAUGUACCCUUUUUUCUAAUAGCCACCAUCCCUCGCUGGAUCAAUGGAGCCUGAUCAAUUGUUUUUCCCUCUGAAUUAUCCAUAUGGGUUUGUUAGCUGAGCUGCUGGCAGAAAACGAGACACGGCUGUUUACUGUAAAGAAAGCGAAGCAAACUACGGGAGAGGACAGGCUGCGGGAUAUUUACUGUCAAUACAGGCAGAGAGAGAGAAGAGAUAUAAGUAGAGGGGAGCAGAGGGGAACAGAGGCUGCAGAUUGCAACCCAAAUAAAUGGUCUGAGUGUAAAAAUACCCGUGCAGUUUCAGACAGAAAUUGUGGAUGGAUUGAAGUCAAUGAGGGGUAGCUGAGAGUGCUUAACAAAUGGUUUAGCGAAGGGCUAGUGAGGCAAGGAAGUACUUGUGGCACAGAGAAUAAUGCUGCUGUACAUGAGUGUACUGAGUCUGCAGUGCAAUCUGAAAGGCGCUUCCAGAUCUGCCUUGAGACAGAGCAGUAGGUGGGAUAUUUCUGUGUGUGCCUGCAUGCAAGACCCACCAUUUGAAAGUAAUAAGAAGAAUAAUGAUUGAACAUAGAAAAUAAUAAUUAGAGCUAGUUUUCCAAAGCAGCUGGCUGUCACCAUUGUAACUCAAACUGCAAUAAAAAUACUUCCUUGCCUUCUCUCUCCUCUUCGUCCACAGAGGAGUUAGGCGACCUGAGCUUCGCAGGGCAAGAAGGCUCUGAGCAGCUUGCUCUGAGUGCCCUUCUGCUUCCAGAGGCAGGUGAAUGAGUGAAGAGUGAUUUCACACUUUUGAGAGCAGUGAAGACCAUCUUGCCAUGAAACCAUUCACAGAUGAAGAUGUAGAAAUCUACAUCCAGAGCAAGGUAGAACGGCGACAUUAUCUGGUUUCCAAAGCAGUGGAGGAGGUGCAGAAAAUUAUCCAGCAACUGACCGCAGAAAUCAGCUAUAAGGCCACACGUUUCCAGGCUAUCUCCAACUCUGGCAUUCACAAUGAGAAUAUUAAGGUCUUAGCACCCAGCCAGUUCCUCAUCACAGUUCCUCUGCGUGGCCUGACUGGGUACAGGGAAUGCCAGGUACGGCACUGGCGUUAUUACACCGUGCAUGGAGCCAAGCUCCUCUCCUCCGUGCGGGACCCUGAGGAACUGCAUCAAUGGCUGGAGGUGGAGCAGUUCUCCAAAAGCCUUCAGCAGUGGCAUGAAAAGGAUGUGAACAUCGAAGGUGAUCUGGUUCCAGCCAAAGUCCUUAUCGUCUUCCGGGAGCUGGUGGAGAAGUCGAUUACCUCCUGUAACCUCUCCAGUAAAGUGACAAUGCUGGAGAGCUUCAGCUCAGGGGUCCGAGUGGCUGUGGAGACCUCAGAAUCCCAGGUUGAGGUGGAGCUGGUCCCUGCUGUGGAGAUUCCAACUUGCUGGCCUGAGAAAGCCCGGUGGCCUCGUUGCCUUAAGCGUUGGCCUUCCCAGGAAAAAGUGCAGUGCAUCAAGUCAUUUGGUUUUGACCUUUUGGCCCGCUCCAAUUACCACUGGCAGCUGUGCUUCUCCCGUGCUGAGCGUAUGCUCAUGGAAGGACUUGAUGAAGAUGGUGGUUGUCGCAUGAAGUGCUUCAGGGUCAUGAGGCAGAUGAAGGAAGAUGUCUGGUGUGCUGGAAAUAAGCCUGUCAUCACAGCUUAUCACCUGCAGACAGUGCUAUUCUGGACGUGUGAAAAAUACCCACGCACCAAGGAUUGGCGCUGCUUCCCUGAAGCCUUUCUGAGGCUGGUACAGAAGCUGCACAAGUGUGUAAGCCAGCACUUCCUCAAGCAUUACUUUCUCAAGAACACCAAUCUGCUCAAAUAUGCCAACACCAGUGACCUGGAUGUGGUGGCUAGCAGGCUCUCAGUCUUCUUGGAGAGCCCUGUUUUUUGCCUGGACUAAGGCUGGAAAAGGUCUCCUUGCUCCAGCUGUGAGCCGAUCCCCCACCUUCUCUCCCAACCUGUGGCUGUUCUUCAUGUCCUUCCAGUAGAUGCUGCAGCUGGCUUUGUAAGGCAGUUGGCACAUGCAGCGUGAAAGAGAAGUGUCAAGUUGGCAGCAGUGGGUGGUGAAAACCGAAGGGAGGUAUCAUUUGAUGCCCAGCUGAUCUAAUUUGCUUUCGGUAGUGACAGUCUGUCUGGAAGCCACAGCCAGUGAAGCCCAACUUUCUGUGUCAGCCAGAGCAGGCUACUGCCUUGUUCUGUGUCUCUUAAGUCUUGUGGCACCUAAGCAGAAAGAUGGUGCAAGAACUCUAGCUCUGCUGCCUACCGGCUGUGUAACCUAGCGCAUUGCUGCCUGCCCCUUUCUCACAAGGACAGUGGGUUUAGUUCCCUGCUUACCUCACAGGCCAGCUCUGCAGAAGAGCAGAGGAACAUUUCUGAAGUGUACUGAAGGUGGAAGCUUUCUCCAAGGCCUUUGUCUCCAGUUCCAUGGGAUCCUGCUCCAGUAUGAAGAUAACCGUGCUGCUAGUGUUGAAUAGCUUAAGGGAGGCAAGAAGAGGAACAGCGUUUUUUUUUGCCUCCUCCUAGUUUUUCUCUCCUCCACUUCCACUUGUCUUCCAGUUGCUUCAAAGAUGUUCUCUUCAUGUUUGCCUUUGCCAGCUGUUUUAGUGCCACACAACCAGGGGGCUUUGCCAGAGCAGAUUUCACUCCCACCCCUGGCUCCAUCCAUUAGGCUGGAAGAAGAGAGGUCUUUCCUUAGUUGUUAGCACCCAUGUUAUUUGGGGUGGCGUACAGAAGGAGGAUGUUUUUCACAGGCUGUUCACUCCAACCCCCUCGUGCUUUUAAUAUUCUGGAUGUUUAAAAGAAAAUCAUUUUUAGUGUUUCAAAAGAAGAGAGUUCUAGGAUGAGAUAAAGGAUGUUGGGUUUAACGCUAUUAAACCACUAAAACUAAACCAAAUUGGGCUUUUCUUUCUUACACCAGCACAGGAAAGUAAGUCAUAAUCUCCUUUGCCCAAGGGGGGUGCAGAGAGAGCGUUUACAGCCCAUGCUCCAGCGAGCUGCUGCAGUGGAUGGGCUUUAAGUUGACCAUCCACGGUAGAGCGUCUCCCCCUUGUGUCAAAUCGUGGUCUCGCCAUGCAUUUUUAGCACAGCCUCUGCUUUCUGGAUUGAUUUUGUACGCGGGAGUGUCUUCACAAGUCCAUGGGAAUCCAUGGGACCUGAUGGGAUUCACCCCAGAACUGAAGGAGAUGUUACAGCAGGAUCCCUCUCGAUCAUCCACCAAAGGUCUUAGGAAUAUAGGGAGAUCCCUGCUGAAUGGAAGCUAGGCAGUGUUAUCUACAAUCAGUGUGUGAGGGAAGAACGCAGGGAACUGCAGAGCUGUUAGUGUAAUCUCAAUUCCUGGAAAAAUUGUGGAAAACACUAUGCUGGGUAUUACUGAAGUGCCUUUAAAGAGCAAUGCAAUCAUCAGUCAGCAUGGGUUCCCAAAGGUAAAGUCCUGUUUAACCGAUUGGAUAUCCUACAAUAAGGUCACCUGCCUAGUGGGUGAGGGGAAGGAAGGUAGUGGAUGGAGUUUUCCUGGAUUUUAGUAAGGCUUUUGAUGCUGUCCCUCACAGCAUCCUUCUGGACAAAGUUGCCCAGCUGUGGGAUGAGCUGGUUCAUGGU